ACAAAGUUCUUGCUCAGUAUCGCAAAUGCUUCAGUCUUAAUGUGACCGAUCAACGUGUAUUACUGCUUUUUAAACACGUAUUUCAUUAUUGAUCGUCAUCGCGUUCGUAUACGGUGCCGCCACGAGGAACAUUAGUUUCGAUUUAUAUUGCGUUUAAAUUUUCAAGUGUGUUAAUUUCUAUCAGUUAUUUCCUGUCAAUAAAGUAAAAAGUUUACAAGUAAAUCAUGUCUUCGAAUAAAAAAUCUGCGCGUAAAAUAAACACUGCAAUUAUUUUAACGUGUAUAUUAGGAUUUUCUGUUUCGUAUUAUGCCUACAUCGUCGAAACAAAAGUUGAAAAUGAUGAUUCGUAUGAAGCAAUGUGUGACAUUAGCGAACACGUUAGUUGCACAAAAGCAUUUGCAUCUGAAUACGGAAAAGGAUUUGGAAUAAUUCCAGAAACAUCGAUAUUUCAUAUAGCCAAUUCUCUAUACGGAUUAAUAUUUUAUGCUUUGGUUGCAAUAUUGAGUUUGUCUAACAAAUAUAUCGCUUCAGCCUUCGUUUUAAUGUUAGCAAUCGCAUCGAACAUCGCCACGAUUUAUCUGGCCUAUAUUUUAUACAAAUUAAACAACAUCUGCGUGGUCUGUGUUAGUACUUACAUCAUAAAUGUUAUACUUUUAAUACUUGCCGUUAAAAAGCAUCGAAAACUGUUUCGACAUGGCACAGCUAAGAGAAAGUCGAAGUAGACAAAAAGAGAUUCCGGUUAUAUCGAUUAUUGUAAAAUCUCUAAAAAUAUUAUCUACAUUAUGAU